CACGGAAUGUUGCAGAAAUAAAUAUGAUAAAGUCGACCAACUUUCUACGCAUACUGCAAAUUUGAAAGAAUCGUCGAAAGGGAUACCUACAUAUGCAAAAUGUUUAAACGUCUACUAGUAGCUAUUAUACUUAGUAGUUGUUUAACUGAGUCAUGCGGAAAGUCUGUUUCUUUAACAGUGAAUAUGAAGGUUGCAGUAGUAGCAGACUUCAAUACAACAAAACUUAAAGAAUAUACAUACAUUAAAAAUAACGAUUUUAAACCGAGAGAUUGUUCAGACCUUAACAAAAGUCAGCAUAAAAGUGGCGUAUAUAAAAUAUCUCCAGAUAAUGGUUCCUCUUUUGAUGUUUACUGUGACAUGGAUAUAGAUGAUGGUCGAUGGACGGUGUUCCAGCGAAGACAGGACGGUAAAGUUGACUUUUACCGUGGUUGGAAAGAUUAUGAAGACGGAUUUGGAAACAAUAAAGAAGAAUUUUGGUUAGGAAACAAGAAGCUACACAUACUUACUGCAAGUGGAAACUUUACUUUGAGGGUUGAUUUAAGUGAUUUCUCUGGAAACAAAGCUUAUGCUUAAUACAAAACAUUUUCCUUUGAUGGCGCGUCAAAUAAGUUUAAGCUGACAAUCAGUGGAUACAGUGGAACUGCAGGUAACAGUAUGAAAAUUCUGAAUGGCAUGCCAUUUGUUACCAAGGAUAAGGAUCUACAUCAGUGUGCUGCACGUCUACAGGGAGCUUGGUGGGUAGACAAUUGUACAUAUUCUAGCCUGAAUAGCAAGUAUCAAGGGAAGGAUU